ACCAGUCUUCACGCACAACUCCUCCUGAAGGCAGACGCCGUAGAACGACAAUCGCUACGGUUUUGAGAGGAAAAUGCGUCUUCUUCUGAUAAAAGCUCGAUUUAAUUUAAAGCAUUAUUAGACACGAUUUGCUUUUUAUCGGAUCCUCUCGCGUGUAUUUUCGUGUAUUGUUUCACCGCGGGAGCUUUUCAUUGUAACCAGAGAGAGGAUCUCUCUCUCUCUCUUUCGCUCUCUCUCUCUCUCUCUCUCUCUCUCUCUCUCUCUCUCUCUCACUCUCUCCUUUUGUCUGUGCGUUUUUUUAAAAUUCAUUUCAGUUGAACUUCUGCCUUUCAAUUUUGUUUUCAAGCGUUCGGUUCAAACGGAAUGAAUGACAAAGUCAAAGGAGGUUGAUGUCCACAACACCCCGGCUCACCUCCCCUUCGCCUCGCCCAAGGAACGGAGACUCCAUCUCCGGCAGAAGAUGGAAAGCGGAGGCGGGAGAGAGAGCUCGGACAGCGGGCAGGCGCAGCACGCGGAGCUGCCUGCUAUAUUAUUAGCUCAGCGGGGGAAGAAGAAAAUUAAUCGCGCUCCGUCACCGGCCAGACCCAAGGAUGUACCCGGGUGGUCCCUCACGAAGAUCCGCGGUGGUAUUGGAGCCCCCAGUCUGAGCGUGAAGACGGGAGCCAUCCACCUGGGGAGCCGCAUUUCCAGGAGGAGCCCCAUAGGAGGUUUGAGUGGAAAAGACGGUAAAGCCGAUAAAAGUGGUGGCAAAUCGACUGGGAAGUCUUCCGCUUCCUCCAAAAACUCGGCUACCAAGAUGGCCCAAAGUAGCAGCGGAGCACGGAGGAGGGUUUCGGACGCCAGCACUGGAUCGGACGACCUGUCCAAGGAUUCCGGCUGCGCCGCUGGGAAGCUCUCCCCCGCAGACAGCAGCUCGGAAUUGUCUGACUGUGCUUCCGAGGAACACAAACUCUCCACGGACGCCCCCAGUAGUGACACCGACUCGAGGAGCAGUCGAGGCGGCGGGCUGAACGGAGACAACCCGCUCGGGAACGGAACUAGCCAACUACUAGCCGAGGCUAAAAGCUCCACGGAGAGGGGCCACAAGGACCGACUGUCCAUUGGUGUUGAGGUCGGCGAGGAGAGUGCGUCUCCGGCUGAGGAACGCUCGGUCACCUCGGCGGACAGCCGGAUGCCAGCUAGCACGUCUCUGGCCUUCUCUGACCUCACCGAGGAGUUUGCGGACGGUAUGCACGAGGAGUUUGUGAGGGAAAUUGAGGAGCUGAGAUCUGAGAACGAUUACCUCAAAGAUGAGAUGGAAGAGUUGCGAUCCGAAAUGCUGGAGAUGAGGGACAUGUACAUGGAGGACGACGUCUACCAGCUGCAGGAACUGCGGCAACAGCUGGAGCAGGCAAACAAGACCUGCCGCAUUCUGCAGUACCGACUGAGGAAAUCGGAGCGGCGUUCCCUUCGAGUGGCCCAAACAGGGCAAGUGGACGGUGAACUGAUCCGAACCUUGGAGCAAGACGUCAAAGUGGCGAAGGAUGUGUCCAUCCGUCUCCACAGUCAGCUGGACAGUGGAGAGAAGAAGAGGGCCCGUCUGGAGGAGGAGAAUGAGGAACUCAGAGUCCAACUCCAGGAUUUGGAGGUUGCCAAACAAGUCUUGCAGCAGGAGAUUGACAAGAACUCCCUGAAGAAAAGAGGAGCACGACCCAACAACAAACCGGACAAGAAGCUUACUCCACAGGAGGAUAGCUCGGACCUGAAGUGUCAGCUCCACUUCGCCAAAGAGGAAUCAGCCCUGAUGUGCAAGAAGCUCACCAAACUGGUGAAGGACAGCGAGGCCAUGAAGGAGGAACUGGCCAAAUACAGGUCCCUGUACGGAGAUGUCGACGCCUCCAUCACCGUAGAGGAGGUUGCUGACUCCCCCCACACCCGUGAGGCUGAGGUCAGAGUUCACCUGAAGCUUGUGGAAGAGGAGGCCAACCUGCUGAGUCGGCGAAUUGUGGAGCUGGAGGUGGAGAACAGAGGCCUCCGAGCUGAGAUGGAUGACAUGAAAGGGCCUCAAGAUGGUCCUCAAGAACUCAGUGGUGUUGGCAGUGGUACAGGACCAGUCGUCGGGGUCGGUACUUCAUCUGAAAACAUCAUGGAGCUUCAGAGACACCUCCAGUUUGUGGAGGAGGAGGCGGAACUCCUGAGGAGGUCCCUGAUUGAGAUGGAAGAACAGAACAAGCUCCUGAUGAAUGAAAUCAACCGCUAUAAAUCUGAGCUGCCGCCACCAACGGUGCCCCUCACUACCGGUUCUGCAACGGCGCUGUCGGACAGGGUGCUUCAUGACGGAUCACUUCACUCCAUGCAGGAGGGAGCUGUGCUCAUCAGCCCGGAUGUUUCCCCCCAGGAGGAAGAACUUCGAGUAGCACAGCUUCAGAUCGGAGAGCUAAGCGGGAAGGUGAAAAAGCUGCAGUACGAAAACCGAGUGCUCCUGUCCAACUUGCAACGGUGUGACUUGGCUUCCUACCAGCCUCCGUCUUCCUCCUCAUCUUUACGAGUGGCUCUGGAGACUGAUGAGGAGGCUGGAGAUUCCGCUGAGUGUCUCCCUACCAGUCCACCACACCGCAAAGAGCCAUUAGGGGUGGAGAACAUCUCCAUGGAGAGCACUGAACAAAACAAAAAGCUGGAAAAAAACCCCUGGGCCAAAGCCUCACCAUUCAGCCUCCUUGGGCUCAAGGACCAUGAUGCUUUGCUUGCCAUGCGGGACCAGGCUCGCCUGAUUUCCACAGCGAUACAGCUCCUCACCGCUCCAGAGUCCAACUGCUUGCCAUCCUCGCCAUCCAUCUAUCACAACGUCUGUAGCAACGAGGCGGCAGAGCUGUGUGACUUGGAGAAAGCCCAGCCUCACUGCCAGAUCUCCGAGCUUUCCGACUUGGCAGACAGGCCUCUGGUUGGCGCUCUGACCAGCAGGCUGCAGGCCCUGCACAGUCAGCUGCAGGUCUUCGUGGAGCGUGUCGACACCUUGGGAAAAUCCUCACUCGGUGCGGGUGAGGGUCAGUCUUCCUUGACCUCACCGGUCAAUCUAUUAUCCUGCUCUGAAGACAAGCAUGAUGCACUCAAGAAUGCAGAAGAGAUGCAGGCUGAUUGUAGGGACCAGUCGCUGCCAGGGUUCAAAGGUGAAACAGAGGAGAACGGCUAUGCGGAUGACAAUGAGAGAAGAAAAAAGCACACUGAGCUAGUGGAGGAGAAAGAGGAGGAGACACAAGACUCACUGUCCAGCAAUUCCCGCGCCAAGCCAUGCGAGGUAGAUGGUGCCACUCGAGUGGAGCUGGAGAAGGAGACAGAGACUCAGAGAGAAAUGACACUGAUAUUCUCACAGCUCCACGAGGAACAGCAGAAGGCUCUGCUCCGCCGGGACUUCCAGCUGCAGAGUUUGGGCCUCCAGGCUCGGCUCCAACACAAGAUAUGGGGCCAAGAGAGGACGCUGCUGGUACAGGAGUCCCAGCACCUCAAACAAGCACUGUUGCUGCUCAGUCUCAAGCUACGCUGCUUCCUCAAACAGUGGAGGCUGGGCUGCAAGAAGGACACUGACUUGAAAGACAUUCUGGAGAUGAACAACCUGAAGGACCUCUACCUUUUAUUGGAGGAGGAUAACCUGACAAGUCCCGUGCACCUAACAGAGAAAAAGGCUGAUGGAGAUGAGCAAGAACUUGGCCCAGCAAUCAAGUUGAGUGCUGUGAGCAGCACCCUGGCGGACCUAAAGGUAGCGCUGCAGGACCUGAGUGGUGAGAUGCGGCAGGAACAGCAAGGCUCCCAGGAACUCACACAGCAGUUUGCGAAGGCCAAGGCAUCGUGGGAAGUGGAGAGGACCGAACUUAAAGGUCUCAUCACUCAGCUUGAAACCAAAGCAGCCAAGGUAGCUGGUGUGUCCUCCGCUGAUGCAAUGGACCCGCCUGACCUGAAGGUGGCACUGAAGAGGGAGCGUGAGGAGCACCAACACCUUUUGGCUGAGUCCUACGCAGCCGUGAUGGACUUGACCAAACAGCUUCAGAUCGGAGAGAGGAACUGGGGCAGGGAGAAGUUGGAGCUGUUGGAGAGGUUCAGCCAGGAGAGAGCUCAGUGGGAGCAGAGGCUGAGAGAAACUAAGUCAAAAUCAUCAGGUGCUGAGUCGUCUGCAGACACCCUUGUCACCAGUGGAGCAGGAUCACCAAGGACCAAAUCGACGUCAGACCUGGAUGACCCAGAGUUCCGGACCACAGCUGACCUGAGGGGCUUCGUCCACUUAGUUGCCCCACCUUCAUUGAUUUGGCCACAGCUGAGUGACUUCAACAAGAAGAAUUGGACCUAUCUGACUAAUGAGACUCCAAAUGUCGGGGAUACCUGCAAAACUUGGGAUGGCCCCAGCGCUAGUGUCUCCUGCAGCAACUUAGUGGGCUCACAACUGCAUCUGGAGUCCGUCCAGAUGAGCCACACGGCUCCAGAAAGCACCGGAAUCCGGAUGUACUACAGCCCCCCUGCUGUCCGACGCAUGGAGCACCAACGAAGUAAGCAGGAGGCCAACGGGGUGCACGGCAACGCUGAUGGGGGCUCCAUCAUCGGCCUGAGUGCCUCUGAGGCAGGCCCGGCUGAGUUCCAGCAGCCCUCGUCUUGCUUUUCGUCGUCUUAUGAGCAGUGGCUGAGCUCGCUAUCCAAGCAGCAUCGAGAGCUGCUGGAAAGCAGGAGUGGAUGCGCCGCUGCUUCUCUCACCGCUGUGGUCAACAAUGGCUUAACGAACAGUGUAGCUGAUGGGAUGACCUCAUCGUCGUUCCACGACUUGGAAAUGGGGGAGAUUUCAGCCAACUUGAGUGAUGAUAUGAAAGAGAUGACCAACUGCGUGCGCCAAGCCAUUCGGUCCUCAUCUCUGGAGAGGAAAUCUGGCAAGGAACCUGCGGUCGGCAUGUCUACCAGGUCCACACAAACAACUGCUCAGUGCGUCAGCAUCGGGCUUCAAACUGACACCCUUUCCAGCAGCAGAGGCGCAGGUUUGCACACCAAAGCCUGGUCUCCCCGGCCCUCAUCUACAAUCACCAUCCCGUUAGUGUCAGCCCGAACGAGACAGAUAUCAACGUCUCUGGACAAAGUUCACAGCCGAGUCGAGAGGCCCUGUUGCUCACCCAAGUUUGGAUCCCCGAAACUCCAGCGCCACAUGUCCUCAGGCUCCACCUCCAGACUGGAUGGGACGCCUUCGUCACGAGAGCGCAGCCUGUGGAGCCUCCAACAGAGAGCCAUCAGUGGGGGUGGAGGCUCAGCCUGGGCUCGCUCAACCACCACCCGGGACAGCCCCGUGCUGAGCGGCCUCACCGACGGCCUCUCUAGCCUCUUUAGUGUGGUGGAACAUUCGGGAAGCACAGAGACGCUCUGCAGGGGGGACGGAGGUGCCAGUCCAGUGCGACACCCUCAGGCCACAGGGAAACCCUCCUGCACGUCAGUCUGUGGCUCUGAACCAAACACCCAGCGCUUCGGCGGCCUCGUCCAGGAGUUCUUGAAGAAUGUGUGCAGCAGCCAGAGCCAGGGAGGCGUUACCCUGCCAGGAGAGCGAAUACAAAGAGACACCCUUGUUGGAGGAGGCUUGAACUGCGUGGAUGAGCUCAAGCCAGAAUGUCUGCCGGCUCCCGUGGGAGGUCUCGGAGCCUUGGCUGGACUGUGUGCAAGCAACGACAAUGUGACCAGGAUUGUCAACAAGCGGUUCAUGAGACAGACGGCCGGCGACGAGAUGGUCAGUAUCAUGGGAGGAGGAGGGAAGGACGGGACGGGCAGUGCUGGCUCUACAGGAUCCGCAACAGAGGACGGACCGUGUGACUGCAUCGCCCCGUCCAGUUGUCCCGUCCGAGCUUCUCGAGGCCCUCGUGGCUCGCUGGGACAGUGCAAACACCGCCUGCACGAGACGUCGACCUCAGUUGACGAGACGGGAGACACUUUGACGGAGUGACAACACUGCUUCUGCCACGCACGCACACACACAUAGGCACACAUACACACGCGCACACAAUUGCUCUCAGACACUGCACAUGACUGCCAUGCCAUCACAUUCACUCCCAUCACUUAACCUGCCACAUAUGCGCACUGCCAAACUUAACACACACUGCUCUGCACACAUUCAUGUAACACACACACAUACAUCCGGGUCACAAUACUCAGUGUCAGUAGCCUCAUACACAUUUAAGAAUCACAAAACUACCAGCAGGACAGUCUGAUAAAUACCACUAUGGACCUAAUGUGACACCACUGAGCUAUUACAACGGUCUCGGUGGGUCUAAACGAAUGAAUGUAGUCCUCCCACGCCACAUGCAUGUGCUCAUUUGUAUACAACAAACACAUAGAGGAGAACUUUUUAGGGCCAAAAACCAUCAAUCUCACAAUUUAAGUGAAAUGGCUCAUUUUUUAAAAACCCAGCAUUUGAAGACCUCAACAAUACUUGGAAUCCGGAGACCUUUUCUCCAAACAUGGGACCAUUGUGUUAUAUAAUAAUUAUGUCUUUGUAGAUUAUAAGGAAAAACAACAUCAGCUGUUAUCCACAAUUGAGAUUUUUUGUUUGUUUGUUUGUUUGUUUUGUUUUGUUUAAUGUGGCCACAGGUAAAGUGCCUGUUUUUGUUUUUCUUCACUGAUGUCAAAACUCAAGCCAAGGCAAUGACAGUAAUGUGGCUCGGUCUGCCACUCGUCGUAAAGCGCAUGCUCAAGGGACAUUCUUUGGAAAAUACACUCAGAUAACUGCUGUAGUGAUUUGGAACAAGGUAGAUAAAAGUUCAUUGGAAAGCAAACAUUACAACCUUUUUCACAAUGUCAUACAAUCUCCACUGCAUUUGAGUCUCUGAGGAAAGCGAUUAGCUGAUAAUUAAAUUAUAGGGGACAUAUUAUGGAAAAUUUACUUUUUAAUUGAUUGUCAACAGAUACUUGGGUCUCUGAAGUUCCUGCCAACAUAUUAAUUGCAAAAUUACACAACCAUGUAAAGCUUUUGUGACGGCACAUGCACCGAGCCGCUUCACGAAUUGUCCUGUAAUUCAGCAGCUUGGUGAUGAAGUGCUGCCUUCAUGAGUGAAAAUAUGAUCCGUCUUCGAAUGCGCACUUUUCUUCUUUCUUCACUCUGAGCUAUUAGAAGCAGCUAGUCUUGUCACAAGUCUGUAGCUCCGCCCCGUUGUCAUGUUCAAGAAAGCUGUACUCUGCGGGGGCCCAGCAAUAAUUAAGGUGGGGGGAGCUAUGGCUUAUUUGCAUGAGGCAGAACCCCCUCCCCCCCAAAAAAAAAUAAUAACGUUGAUUUCAACCAGAGAGGAUGUUAAGUGAACUGUAAUUCUUUAUUUGAUAUAUUUAAAGACCUUUUAUUAAAGACACCUGUUUUAAAUUGUGGGGGGAAAAAACAUAAUAUGUCUCCUUUAAAACUAACAAGCCUAUGCCCAGCUUAAGCUGUAAAGGUAUUUGUUGAGUAAGUAGUCCGGAAAAACAAUCGCGUUCAUGAUUAUUUUGUAUUAUUAGUAGUAGUAUAAAGGUACACUGAGGAGGUUAACACUGGUCAAAUGACUGCAUUUGCAAAAACAAACGCAACAACGUUUUUCACGAUGCCAGACAAUUAAAAGAAAACAUUUUACAUAGACCCUAAAUUGCCCAUCCAAAAGAAAAGGGAAAAAAAAUUGA